UAAUCACUUUCUUUCUGAUAUGGCUGGAAAUUGAACAGAAUUUACAAAUUUAACAAAAGUAACAAACAGGCAUACAACAGCGAAAAAUACCUGUUUCCGUACGGACAUCACCAUCUUGAUUGUCACUAUAAAGGAGGAACUAGUGUUGAAUAUUGCUGUAUAAAAUUACUUGUAAUGUGUAAACAAAAUCUAAACCAGGUUUUUUUUAAGAAUGUGCGUAUACAUAUUUCAAAUAUGUACAGAUUCUUUCGUGUCUAGCCAGUUGACUUUUAUUUGAUCAUUUACAUUGUAUUUCGAUUCAACACUCUGUCAUUGAUUUGCGUGUGAUGCAGCUAAGAACUGCACAGAAAAAGGCAUUCAUUAUUUUUUAUCUAAUUGAUACAGCUUUUGAUCUUUCAUCAACACCAACCACAAUCUUUUUAGCUCGACUAUUAUGUAUGAAAUAUAUAUAGUGGAACUAUCCUACUCACCCCGGCGUCGGCGUCACGUUAGCGUGAGUGUGCAAAUGUUAAAGUUUGCGUACCACCCCAAAUAUUUUCUAUGUCCCUUGUUAUAUUGCUUUAAUAAUUUGCAUACUUCUUUACCAACAUGACAACACCCUAUUAACAAGAGCAGACAUCUGUAUCAAGCAUUUUGUAAGAAUAAUGGCCCUUUUUUCACCUAGAAUAUGCAAAUAUUGAUAUAUCUAUGUUAAAGUUUGCGUACCACCUCAAAUAUUUUCAAUGUCCCUUGACAUAUUGCUUUCAUAUUUUGCAAACUUCUUUAUCAAUAUGAACCCAAUCGUUUAGGUUUCGAAAAAUGCUCAUAACAUAUAUGUCGCUUCAGAUAGCAACUUGAUAUUUGGCAUGCAUGUGUUUCUUAUGGAGCUGCACAUUUUAAGUGAUGAAAGGUCAAGGUCAUCCUUCAAGGUCAAAGCUCAAAUAUAUGGCUUCAAAGCGGCGCAGAAGGGGGCAUUGUGUUUCUGGCCAACACAUCUCUUGUUGAUUCAUAUACUUGUUACCUUUACAAUAGACUAUGGAUACCUCUGUCUGUAUGUGAUCAGUUGAGUCCAUAGAAUUAUACUGUGUGUGUGUGUGUGUUUCUAGUACCUCACAGCGUUUCAAAAUGUCCAGAUAUCAAUCCUUUCAGUUAAAGAUUUCAAUACCUCUAUCUGUAUGUAAUGUGCUUCUAGUGUGUGUUUGUGUGCCUUGUACCUCACAAUUUCUUAACAGUAAAUGUGUCUGGUACCUCACAGCGUUUUAAUAUUUCUGAAUAUCAUUCCACAUACAUCGCAUAUACAUGUACAUUACAGCAGUGUGUUUGUUAACAAGGGGUUCUUUCUGCUUUGGGUUUGAGUCCCACUGAAUACAGAAAAUCAUGUAAAUGUAGGGUAUAUGCUUACUUAAGAUGGUAGUGAUAAAGCACUACCAGUAUUCCCAGAAACAGAGGUAAUGUAAAUGGUGUGUAUGUAUAUCUGUGAAAUGAAGUGCAAGAGCUAAAGCACAUUAAAAGCCAAAUACAAAUAAUUUGUCACAGUUGACAGAGAGUGCUUUAUUUCAUACAGAUAAUGAUGAUGAUGAUGAUGAUGAUGAUGAGUUCGAAGAAGCUGGCUUUGAACCUUCCAGUUCUAAAAAUGCCGAAAAGGACUCAUCUACAGGCACAUCUUGUUUCAAGAACAGACUAGAAAGUGCAAGUUUAAGGGAUACGGCUGGUUUUAUAAUAAAUGAUCAGCUCUUUUGCGGGUUUUGUGGAGAUUUGUUUGUGAUUCCUUAUCAGCUUACUUAAAAAAUUACAUUUUGGUGAAUACCUCUAUCUGUAUUUAGUGUGUUUCUAGUGUGUGUGUGCCUCGUACCUCACAAUGUGUGAACAGUUAAUGUUAUAUUACACCUUUGGAUUGCAUUACUGAACUUUUUGAUUACAAUGAUUAAAUGCUGUGCGUUUUUAUCCUUAUUAUGUCGUACAACCGGUUGGUGGUCUCUGAAAAGGUAGUUACUUCAGUUAUGACUUAUGAACAAUAAUUUUGUGAACUGCUUAAAAAAACAUGUUUAUCUGUUUGGAGGUGCAAAAUCCAAUUGAUUCAAUAUACAAUACAUUGACAUGAGAUGUUUCUUUUCUGGAAGAUGUUGACGGGCAUUAUUCUAGAAAAGAGCCAUCAUUCCAGUAUGCUGAAAACAUCCCCUCAAGCUCUCCUGGUCCUAAAAAUGAGCACCAAAGGCCAAAGUGUCAGAGAUAAUGAUUGAACUGAUUCUAAAAAUGAGCCAUCCAGUAUUGGUGAAAUCGUCUCCUUCAAGCAUUCCUGGUUUCAAAAUCAGCAUCAAGGCCAAAGAGUCAGAGAUAAUGAUGAUGAUGAUGAUGACGAAGAAGCUGGCUUUGAACCAUCGAGUUCUGACGGUGCGGAAAUGGACUUGGCUACAGGCACAUCUUGUUUCAAGAACAGACAAGAAAGGGCAAGCUUAAAGGAUGACGAUGGGAGUGUUUCUAGAAAUGAGCCAUCCAGUUGUGCUGAAAACAACUCCUCUUCAAGCUCUCCUGGUUCCAAAAUGAGCACCAAUAGCCAAAGUACAGAGAUAAAGAAUGAACUGAUUCUAAAAAUGAGCCAUCCAGUAUUGGUGAAAUCGUCUCCUUCAAGCAUUCCUGGUUCCAAAAUCAGCAUCAAAGGCCAAAGCGUCAGAGAUAAUGAUGAUGAUGACGAAGAAGCUGGCAUUGAACCUUCCAGUUCUAACUGCAGAAAUGGACUCAGCUACAAGCACAUCUUGUUUCAAAAACAGACAAGAAAGGGCAAGCUUAAGGAUAAGGCUGGUAAUGAAGGUUAUGGUGACGAAGAAGCUUGCUCUGAACCUUUAAGUUCUAACGCACUGUUAGAAAAAAGGACACAUCUUCACGCACAUCUGGUUACAAGUACAGAGAAGAAAGGGCAUGUAAGGGGUAAUGAAGGUGGUGGUGACGAAGAAGCUUGCUCUGAACCUGUAAGUUCCAACGCACUGUUAGAAAAGGACACAUCUUCACGCACAUCUGGUGUCAAGUACAGAGAAGAAAGGGCGAGCGUAAGGGGUAAUGAAGGUGGUGGUGACGAAGAAGCUUGCUCUGAACCUUUAAGUUCCAAUGCACUGUUAGAAAAGGACACAUCUUCACGCACAUCUGGUUACAAGUACAGAGAAGAAAGGGCGAGCGUAAGGGGUAAUGAAGGUGGUGGUGACGAAGAAGCUUGCUCUGAACCUUUAAGUUCCAAUGCACUGUUAGAAAAGGACAAAUCUUCACGCACAUCUGGUUACAAGUACAGAGAAGAAAGGGCGAGCGUAAGGGACCCUGAAUCUUCUGACACAGACCAUGAUGUGCCAGUAAGACAACCACAUGCAAAACCUGGGCCGUCCACAACUGUAACCAUGUCGGGUCAUCCCAAGAGGCUUCAGAAACUCGGUGUAAGACCAGAGUCAUCUUUUGAAGACGGCUGUGUCAAAACGAAUAUUUUGUGUUGA